UCUAAAACAAAGUGUGAGACGGCAAUCGCAUUCAUGUCUGUAUGUCAUAUAAAUAUUUAGUUCUCUCAGUUAUUGUUUUAGUGUUGAUAUUAAGUUUCUAAAGCAGCCUCAUGUUUAGUUUUCAGUCACAGAAUCAGGUCUUGUGCAAUCUAUCACAAGUGGCUGCAGCAUUUAGUCCAAGAAGAACUAUUAGACCGUUGAACUCCGAAACGAAAAGUGCCCAAAAGGGAAUACAGCAACACAAUGAUAUUGAUACACCAAUAUGUUGUGAAAGUUUCAACGAGGUGCUCAAAAACUGUUCUAAAUCAAUAUUGGAAAACUUUUCAUCUUUAAAAAUAUCUGUGACCGAUGGAAGUGCCAAAAUUAAUAGCAGAAAUUUAUCCUGGAGACCUUCCAGAACAAAAUCAUUGCCUUGGCUGGUAUCAUAUAAAUCAGCAGACUCAUUUUAUGAGAAUAAACAUGGAUCACUUGUUAACAGUUUUCCAGUUUUUCCAAACAUUGCCGUCUCAACUAAAUUCCACAGAAGUAUACUACAGAGCCAUUACUGUCGUAAUCCACUUGUUCUUGGUGUUUCAGCAAGGGGUUUCAAGACAGAACGUAGUAUACAGUCCGAAAAAGCAAGAAAUCCUAGCCUGAUUUUAAGGUUACGUGAAUCACUAAAGCCAAAUUUACCCGGCAGCACUACCCAUGAUGGCCAUAUUGAUAGACUAGUUGAUUCUGAAACAGAAAGACUGAAAGGUCUGAUAUCAUCUGACUCAUUAUCACCAGAAGAACAACAAAGAAUGAAAGUGGCAUUUGCAGAGGGUUACCUUGCUGGAAAUGGAGUGCGUUCCCCAGGCCGAACUAUGAAAUGGCUGAAGGUGAUUCAGCAGCUGCUAAUGAUCACCAUUUUUCUUGCAAUAUUUAUUUCUUUGAUGGCAAGCACAAGUGGCUCUGUUUUCCGUGUGCAGCUAGGCAGCCAAAUAGAAGUGGAUCCUGAAGAGAUACACAUCACAUUCGCUGAUGUAAAGGGGGUUGAUGAAGCAAAACAAGAACUUAAGGAUGUUGUUGAAUUUUUGAAGAAUCCAGAAAAAUUUUCAGCUUUGGGUGGGAAACUCCCUAAAGGAGUUCUGCUUGUUGGACCCCCAGGCACUGGAAAAACACUUCUAGCCCGUGCUGUAGCGGGUGAAGCUGGAGUCCCAUUCUUUCAUGCAGCUGGUCCAGAAUUUGAUGAGAUUCUUGUCGGUCAAGGAGCUAGGAGAGUUCGUGAUCUCUUCAAGGCAGCAAAAGAUCGUGCCCCAUGUGUUAUAUUUAUUGAUGAAAUAGACUCUGUUGGAGCAAAACGUACAAACUCUGUUCUUCAUCCAUAUGCGAAUCAAACAAUCAACCAGCUGUUAUCGGAAAUGGAUGGUUUUCAUCAGAAUGAAGGAGUGAUAGUCCUUGGAGCUACAAACAGGAGGGAUGAUUUAGAUAAAGCUCUUCUCCGUCCAGGAAGAUUUGAUGUUGAAGUAACUGUGCCUGUGCCAGAUUAUGUAGGACGUAAGGAAAUCCUUGACCUAUACUUGGGCCGUAUACUCAGCAAGGAUGUAGAUGUUGAAAUGUUAGCUCGAGGUACUACUGGUUUCACAGGAGCAGAUCUUGAAAAUAUGGUGAACCAAGCUGCACUGAGAGCAGCUAUUGAUGGUGCUGAUUCUGUUUCCAUGAAGCACCUUGAAAAUGCAAGAGACAAAGUCCUUAUGGGUCCUGAAAGAAAAUCAAGAAUACCUGAUGAGGAAGCAAAUACAAUAACAGCUUACCAUGAAGGUGGUCAUGCAAUUGUGGCUUAUUACACUAAAGAUUCACAUCCACUACAUAAAGUAACUAUUAUACCUCGUGGUCCAUCCCUUGGCCAUACAGCAUAUAUACCAGAAAAAGAGCGUUACCAUGUUACGAAGUCGCAGCUCAUGGCUAUGUUGGAUACAAUGAUGGGUGGUCGGGCAGCUGAAGAACUCAUCUUCGGUCCUGAUAAAAUAACUUCUGGAGCCUCAAGUGAUUUAAAGCAAGCAACUUCUAUUGCAACGCACAUGGUUAAAGAAUGGGGAAUGUCUGAAAAAGUUGGCCUCCGGACAUAUGAUAACAGCAACAAAUCAUUAGUUGUUGUUAAUGAGCUUAGCCCAGGCACAGCAGAAUUGAUCGACAGUGAAAUUAAAAGGCUAAUGAUGGAAUCUUAUGAACGUGCUAAGAGCAUUCUCAAAGCUCAUCACAAAGAGCACAAAUUGCUGGCUGAAGCUUUGCUAAAAUAUGAGACACUUGAUGCUGAAGAUAUUAAAGCAAUAAUGAAGGGCAAAGAUACUUCAGAUAGGAGUCAGCCUGUAUGACGGAGGAAUUGUUUAUAGGCAGUGUCAAACUUUUCAAUAAAUUUCCGUUCAUAAAACAAAGAAACCACACUGUAAAUUGAAAUAAAUAGUUUUCAGCUGUGAAGAGGAUGUGAUAUCGGACCUUAUUUUAUGCAGUUUGUUUUUCCAUGUACAGACCACAGCAACAGACUUUUGUUUAAUGUAAUUUCUACCAUUAAUUUAUUGUACCCAAUGUUCGUAAUCCUGCAGUUGUGAUUUACUUUGUUAAAGAUAAGUCUUCCAUACAUACAUCUUUGUUUUUCCUUAUAAUCCAGCCAACUGUCAGGAAUUACAAUUUCGUAUAAUUUAAGGAAAGAAAUGGUGUAUUUUUGGAACACAUUGAAUUUUGAACUGCAGUUUUUCUAAGAGGUUUAAUGAAAUAUGCUCACUUUACAACCUGUGUAUCACUUGUCAUAUUUGUGUGUUGUACCUGUAGUUUUAAUUCAAUCCUGCCUACAUGUUUUAUUGAUGACACAUUGAUUGGGUUGGAAGUUACUUGUACUGCCAUUAUUUGCCUGCAUCCUGUUUGAUCUCAUAUGUGACACUUUGAUGCACGUCUUGAACAAAAUCAAUUUGCAAUAUCUCAUUGUGAUUGCCACAGUUUGCAUUUUAUAUAAAAAAAUAGGAAUAUGCACUUUUAUUUCAGUGUGAUUUGUUAGUUGUGUACACCUGAAAUAAAUUGUGUAUUUCAUUUGAA